AUGUCGUUGCCAAUGAAUUCACUGUACUCGCUCACCUGGGGCGAUUAUGGCACAUCUCUGGUAUCAGCCAUACAAUUGUUGCGGUGCCAUGGCGACCUCGUCGAUUGCACACUGGCAGCCGGCGGACGCAGUUUCCCAGCCCACAAAAUCGUGCUCUGUGCGGCUUCUCCAUUUCUAUUGGACUUGCUAAAGAACACGCCAUGCAAACAUCCAGUGGUGAUGUUGGCCGGCGUCAAUGCCAACGAUUUGGAGGCACUGCUGGAGUUCGUUUAUCGGGGCGAAGUAAGCGUCGAUCAUGCGCAGCUACCAUCGCUGCUGCAGGCGGCGCAGUGCCUCAAUAUUCAAGGCCUGGCACCGCAAACAGUGACUAAGGAUGACUACACAACGCACUCGAUACAACUGCAGCAUAUGAUACCCCAGCACCAUGACCAGGACCAAUUGAUAGCGACUAUUGCCACGGCACCGCAGCAAACUGUGCACGCACAGGUUGUGGAGGAUAUACACCACCAGGGACAGAUUCUGCAGGCAACCACACAGACUAAUGCAGCCGGACACCAGCAAACGAUUGUGACAGCAGACGCAUCCAAACACGAUCAGGCAGUAAUACAGAGUUUCUUGCCGGCGCGCAAACGUAAACCGCGCGUCAAGAAAAUGUCACCAACGGCACCGAAGGUCCCUAAAAUGGAAGGCAUGGACACGAUUAUGGGCACACCGACAUCCUCUCAGUUGGCCGCACAGCAGCAGCAGCAAGUGGUACAGCAGCAGCAGGUUCUGGACGAAAAUGGAGCCGAAACGCAACUGUUAACCAGCACACCGAUAAUCAAGAGCGAAGGACAAAAGGUUGAGACAAUUGUCACAAUGGACCCCAACAAUAUGAUACCCGUGACAUCGGCAAAUGCGGCCACUGGCGAAAUAACAACUGCGUCUGGAACAACCGUAACGCCCGGCGCUAGCGGAAGUACCGCCACGCCAAAGGCCAAACGCACUAAACAUCCGCCUGGGACAGAAAAGCCUCGGUCACGCUCACAAUCGGAACAACCUGCUACUUGCCCCAUUUGCUAUGCCGUCAUACGUCAAUCGCGCAAUCUGCGUCGCCAUCUCGAGCUGCGGCACUUUGCCAAGCCGGGCAUCAAAAAGGAGAAGAAAAGUAAGUCGGGUAAUGAUACCACACUAGACACCAGCGGUGAGCUCAAUAACACAACCGUGGGCGACACCAGUGGAGGCGGUGGCGGCAGCGGAAGCAGCGGCGCCGCUGCGCAGCAGCAGCAGGCACCCAGCGGCAAGAAACCUGGCGGCAGCACACCCGGCUCUGUGCAGUCGCAGUCGGGCGGCAGCGGAGCGCUGAGCUCCAGCGGAGUUGUGCCCCAAGUGCAAACGGUGCAGUCGCUUCAUCCGAUGCAGAGCGUACAAGUCAAAAAGGAUCCCGAUGCACAACAGCAGCAGCAACAACAACAACAACAGCAGCAGCAGCAGCAGCAACAGCAACAAACAAUGACAGUAACCACCACGGCCGGGGGCCAAGUGCAACAGCAGCAGGUGCAGCAGGUUCAGGUGCAACAACAACAGCCAUUGCAGCAUCACCAGAUCAUCGAUUCGUCCGGCAACAUGACAACGCCGACAACCAGCGCCCAAGCGGCCGCCCAGCAACAGGCGAAUAAUCAGCAGCAGCAGCAACAGCAGCUCGUAGCCCAGUCAGAUGGUAGCGAGAGCGGUACGCCGUUAUCUAUUGCCCAGGUGCAAACGUUGCAGGGUCAUCAGAUAAUUGGCAAUUUGAAUCAGGUGAAUAUGACUGAUUUUCAACAGCAACAACAAUCACAACAACAACAACAACAACAGCAGCAGCAGCAGCAACAGCAGCAGCAACAACAACAACAACAACAAACACAACCACCACAGACGCUUUGAGUAGCACGUACAACUCUGACGAAUCGAACCGAAUCAUAGACCCCUUUAUUAUAAACCCAAUCCCUGACUUGGUUCUCCAAUAUGCUUAACUCUUCCCGGAAUGUGUGUAGUAAAAUAUAUACCAUAUAAACUUGGAUAUGUGCAGCAAACUAUGCAACCCAAUGACGAGCUGUGCUAGUGCCUAGACAACUAUUUUGCCUAAAUCUGGGCCCGAUCAGAUCAAUCACAUAUGAACUAAAAUCAGGGCUGCAAACCGGCUUAGAAUCGAUUCCGAUUUC